CGCGUUCAACUUAGGCCCGAUGUUAGAGAAAGAGAAGUUAGCUACGACUGGAAACAACUAUGCGGACUGGGUCCGUAACCUGAGGAUUGUCCUCAGGAGCGCUAAGAAAUUGUACGUGCUUGAAACUGCUCUUCCAGCUAAACCGGCGGCAGAUGCACCGGUAGAUGAACAAAAUGUCUGGGCCACUAAGGAUGAUGAUCACAACUUAGUGCAGUGCCUCAUGCUAGCUUGCAUGAGUCCAGGGCUUCAAAAACGUUUUGAAUUCCAUAAAGCCCGUGAUAUGAUCCGGGAAUUGGAUGCUCUGUACAAGGAAACCGCAAAGUCUGAACGAUAUGAUAUCAUGAAGGCUUUGAUGGAUUGCAAGAUGGCUGAGGGUAGUUCAGUUGGCGAACACGUGGUCAAAAUGAUUGGCUAUUCUGAAAGGCUUAAAGCCCUAGAAUUUCCACUUCCACCUGGCCAUAUGAUGGACAUGUUGCUUUCUUCACUCCCCCCGUCUUACGACGGUUUUGUCAUGAACUACAACAUGACAGGGAUGGAGAAGACGCCGGAAGAAGUGCUCGCCAUGCUGAAAACUACAGAAGGAGGACUGCGGAAAAAUCGCAAGCAAGUGUUGCUUGUGAAUAAAACCGCCAGUUUCAAAAAGAAGAAAGGCAAGCCAAAGAAGGGCAAGGGCACCGGUAAGACCGGCUCCCAAAGCAACUCUAAGGGCAGAGCCAAGAAUGAAACUGAGUGCUUCUACUGCAAGGGCACAGGACACUGGAAGAGAAACUGCAAGAAGUAUCUGGAAGAUAAGAAGACCGGGAAAACCGGAAAAGGGACUUCAGAAGGUGCGCAAGCUAGCAAAGAAUGAAGUCGUGAUGCGCGUCGGGAACGGCGCUGGGAUCGCCGCUCAAGCCGUCGGCAUUAUGCCUCUACGUCUCCCUUCAGGAUUUAUCUUAGAACUAAGUAACUGUUAUUUUGUUCCACUGUUGUGUAGAAACAUUAUCUCCGGAUCAUGUUUGGUACACGAUGGGUAUUCGUACAAGUCUGAGAACAAUGGUUGUUCACUUUAUUGUAAGGAUAUGUUUUAUGGAUUUGCACCCAUUGUUGGGGGCCUUUUCAUACUAAAUCUUGAAUGUGGAAAUGAUGUCUUUAACGUGAAUGCUAAACGCCUUAAGAAGGCUGAUACCACCACCACUUUCAUGUGGCACUGUCGCCUUGGCCACAUCGGUAAGAAACGCAUGCAAAGACUCCAUAAAGAUGGAGUUUUACCGUCCCUUGAUUUUGAAUCAUUUGACACAUGUGAAGCUUGCCUGAUGGGGAAAAUGACCAAGACGGCAUUCACGGGUCAUCCUGAACGGGCGGGUGAAUUAUUGGAAAUAAUACAUAGUGAUGUAUGUGGUCCAAUGAACACAGGCGCACGGGGUGGAUAUUUUUACUUCGUGACUUUUACUGAUGAUUUGAGUAGGUAUGGCUAUAUCUACUUAAUGAAGCAUAAAUCGGAAACCUUUGAAAAGUUCAAAGAAUUUCAGAAUGAGGUAGAAAAUCAUCGUAACAAAAAGAUUAAGUUUCUGCG